CGCCCUGGUGUUUUAGGUGUGCCUCGGGGCGCGGCUUGCCCGCAUAAUCAGCGAGUACAUAUCUCAAUUAUUAUUUCAAAAUUAAAUUCUGAGUAUUUCUUUCUUUCUUUCUUUCUUCCUUCCUUCCUUUCUUUCUUUUUUCCCUUUUUUCGUUGCUUUUUGGCAACCGAUUGGGAGUCUCCCUCCGGGUUGACUUCCUUGCUCGCGACGGGAAUUCACAUUAUCAGCUUCCUUGUCUACCACCACCCGCUAUCACUCUCUGAGUCGCUGUGAUAGUAUCCACCCCGCCCUAGCCCAUCCCUUAGCAACUCCCGAUCCCGUUGUCUUACCUCCCUCCGGAUUUCUCUGUCCCUCGCCCGCUCCCUCGCCUCCCUCCGCACCCCCGCGUCCUCUCUACUCACCGCCACAUACCGCACCCCAGGCACACCGCUGCUCAUACCACCCAGCCUAUCUCUUUGUCUCUCCCGCUCCCGCUCCCGCUCCCGCUCCCUACUCCUAUCCCUCUCCCUCUCCCUCUCGCGCACCCUCACCCUCACCCACUCAGCACCGCCCAACCCAUGCCCAUCCCGAUCGCCAUACCCGUCCCGAUCCCCGUAACCACCACCACCGCCACCGCCAACCAUAAAAACCUCGCAAUCCGCACAACACCCGGGCCACACCAGCCGCCUCAGCACCAAACACCUCUCACAAACCCCAACCGUAACCGUCCUCGGCGUCGGCGUACCACGCCCUCCCCGACUCCGACUUCGACUCCGACUCCGACUGCGACUGCGACUACGACUCCGACGACGCCGCCGGCGCCGGCCAUCCAGAUCUCUGGACGACGACCACCCGUCCGAGUCGGACGCUAGCUCAGACCGAGACCCUGGCGUCGAGGACAAGGACGAGGACGAGUCGGAGAGAGAAAGAGAGUCCGGCGAGCGGACGACCACCACGGCGCGCGGGGACCGGGGGUGGUAGUGGCGGC